GCAGCGACUCCUGAGCGUGUGCGUGUAUAUGUGUGUGCCUGUGGGUGUGGGAGGGCGAGAGGGAGCGAGAGACAAAAACUCCAUCAGCCCGGACAAUGCCACCUCUGGUUUAAAGCUCCCAACCUGUUAUUCUUUCCCCGCACUAUCACGGUUCCGAGCGAUCUGUAUUUCCCCCAGCCCAACCCCCCUCGCUCCUGGUGGAAGAUAUGGAAGAGGAAGAUAAAGCCGCUGGCUGCGGGCGCUGACGGCGCGCAGCCCGCAUGCCUCUGCCGCCGCCGCUCCAGAGAGCCGCUUGCAGCGGGAUGAGAUGCAACUUCUGCUAAUUGGAUCACAGGCUUAAGUUGUAAGUGAGUAUCUCAUUAUCAGAAGCGAAAUGAAUAACUCAACAUACAUAAACUCUUCCUCUGAAAAUGUGAUGGCCUUGGAGAGCCGCUAUAAAACUGUCGAGGUGGUGUUCAUCGUCCUGGUGGCAGGGUCCCUCAGCCUGGUCACCAUAAUUGGCAACAUCCUGGUCAUGGUGUCAAUCAAAGUCAACAGGCACCUCCAGACUGUCAACAAUUAUUUCCUGUUCAGCCUGGCCUGCGCUGACCUGAUCAUCGGCAUCUUUUCCAUGAACCUGUACACCCUGUACACUGUGAUAGGCUACUGGCCCUUGGGGCCCGUGGUGUGUGACCUCUGGCUGGCUCUGGACUAUGUGGUCAGCAACGCCUCAGUAAUGAACCUGCUCAUUAUCAGCUUUGACAGGUACUUUUGUGUCACCAAGCCCCUGACGUAUCCCGUGAAGCGGACCACGAAGAUGGCCGGCAUGAUGAUCGCAGCCGCAUGGGUGCUGUCCUUCAUCCUCUGGGCCCCUGCAAUUCUCUUCUGGCAAUUCAUUGUGGGAGGAAGGACUGUCCCAGAUGGGGACUGCUACAUCCAGUUUUUUUCCAACCCUGCUGUCACUUUUGGCACUGCCAUUGCAGCCUUCUAUUUGCCCGUUAUCAUCAUGACUGUCCUUUACUGGCAAAUUUCUCGAGCCAGUAAGAGUCGGAUAAAGAAAGGAAAAAAGGAAGCAGCCCAAAACCAAGAAACAGUUUCCCCCAGCCUUGUCCAAGGUAAAAUAGUGAAACCAAACAAUAACAAUAUCCCGACCAGUGGGGAUGGGUUGGAGCACAGCAAAAUUCAGAAUGGAAAAACCAGUGAAGAGACUGUGACCAAUAACUGUGUUCAAGGGGAGAAGGAGAGCUCCAACGACUCCACCUCCAUCAGUGCAGUUGCUUCCAACUUGAAAGAGGAUGAAGCUACCAAAGAUGCCAGACAGGCUUCUGCCUCCCAAGACCAUGUCAAAGCAGAGAACUCCAAGCUGACAUGCAUCAGAAUAGUCACCAAGUCCCAAAAGGGGGACUGCUGUGCCCCUACCAACACUACCGUGGAGAUUGUAGGCACGAAUGGGGAGGAGAAGCAGAAUAGCGUGGCCCGGAAGAUCGUCAAGAUGACAAAGCAGCCAGCCAAAAAGAAACCACCCCCUUCUAGAGAGAAAAAGGUGACAAGGACGAUUUUGGCCAUCCUCCUGGCCUUCAUCAUCACCUGGACCCCAUACAAUGUGAUGGUGCUCAUCAACAGCUUCUGCACAUCCUGCAUCCCCGGCACCGUGUGGACCCUGGGUUACUGGCUCUGUUACAUCAACAGCACCGUCAACCCCGCCUGCUACGCGCUCUGCAACGCCACCUUCAAGAAGACCUUUAAGGACCUUCUCAUGUGUCAUUACAAGAAUAUAGGAGCUACAAGGUAAAAAUGAUAAUGAAAAUGGUUAUGGAAAGGGUGGAGAAGUUCCAAAUAAAAUUUAAAAAAACUUUUGAUGCUACAGCACUUUAUGGUCUUCUGUGGAAUGUGCAAUCCAGGAUGUUAGUGGAAAUACUGAUGAGGGGCAUCAGCUGUUACCCCUGAGGACUACACUUUAAAACAUUUUUUUAAUAAUUGAAAAUAAAUCUUUGGGACACGGGGAUGUUUGACAUAUUGUUCAAGUGUGUGGACUGGAGGCACAGUUCUUACUUUCUGAGAGUAUUCUGCAGAAGGGCUUUAAAGUCUAUGAUUUUUGGGUCAUUCUGUGUAAAAUACUUGUUCUUUCAUACUCUUUUUCUUGUGUUUUUUCCUGUGUGUGUUUAUUGCGUCUUCAUCUAGGUGAAAAAAAAAACAAAAAAACCCAAAUUUUAAUAAUAACUGUGUGGAAGAGGCAUAGGAGUUUGGAAGAUCAUUGCAUAAUCCAAAUCAAUCAUGGCAGAACUUUUCUAAAGCUCAAAGUUGUCUAAAGCUGUUUUGCCACUGUCAUGUAAGAAGCUUAAUGUUAGGUAAAUCAUGAUGAAAGUUUUUUAUGUUGUUUAUGACACCACCAUUUCCAAAACCACAUCAGUUCUGAAAGUGUUCUUAUGCGCAACAUGUAAUCAUUGUAUAUUGUUCCAAGUCUGCUGCUUGCCCCAUCCCAGGGGCUUUUGUUCUGUGACUUUUUCAUCAUGUCAAGAUCAAAGUGAAAAGACGUGGUCUCGUCCAGAUUGCUACAUGCCAAGACUUCUUCAGCAUCCAUGUAAACCAAAGCUUUUGAGACUAUUUUGUUCACUUUAUUCGUCACAUAACAUUAACCUGUGGAUUUGUCUUUUACCUUCAUCAGCCCUUUCUUCCUUUCUGUACCUUACUUGUCCAGGGCAAGACCGAACAUCAAAAGAAGCUGUAAAUUUAAAGGUCUCAUCCAGUCGGCCACCAUGGUGGCCAAACAAAGGGUCUCAGGUGAAGAAUAGAAACAAGAUUAUUACUAGAAAAAUGAAAAGCUACAUCCAUUUAAAGUUGGAUGUACAGAUGAAGAGGUAUGUUGAGGCUUCACAGAAUGAAUAGUUAAUAUUAGAUGACCGUGCUGUCAAAAGAUAAUUCUAUGAUUAAUUUAUUGAGGUAAAAAAUAAGAUAGACUGACAUACCCACCUGGAUCAAGCUCUGCUAAGCCCUUAGUGUGCAACUGGGGUCCUUUCUGGGUGAAUCCUGCACAAGAUGUUUGCUUUCUGGAAAAGAUAAUGGUCACAUUGCCUUGUACUACCUGAGAGCCAUAUUUUGACUGUAAGUCAAGGGGUAACACUAAUAAAAAUCCAGACAGGAAAACUGUGAUUAUAAAAAACCAGAUAUUAAAAUAGUCUUGAUGGGAGUCUGGCAAGGUUUAAGUUCAAAUAUUUUUUGCUACUCUACAGUAGGUGAAAUUUAGAUCAUUUCUGCCUGACAAAGAAUUUAGUAUUCCAGUAUUUUAUAUUUACUGUAGCAAAAAAACCAUUUUGUGGACAGGUCAGAGGGUAUCAGAUUAUUGAAAACAGAUUGUCUGGGAGUCAUGCACAUUUUAUUUCCCUCCUUCUUAGUACCUCUAACUUCCAGGCCCUAACAAAGGUACAUUUAUAUGUUUUCUUACCCAAAAAAGCAUAGACAAUGUCCUGAGGAUCUCUUUUCUGAGUGAACACCACCCACCAAACAGGACACAAAUUCAUUUGGUUAUUUCACGCUACAGCUAUAGAAUAUUCCAAAAUGCACCUCAAAAUAUCAGCCUCUGAGAUUACAGAGAAAUUAAUCUUGCAGGAUUAAGUUUUACAUUUGACAAGCUUAAUGGAAGACAGUGUCAAAGCACUCUGGUAUCAUGACAAUUUUCAUGUUCUGCAGCACAAGUUCCCAGCAGAAAGUGAAAAUGAGGAGGAUUAAACUGCAGUAAAUUAAGGCCAUGUUAAAUUCCGGAUUAACAUGUCUUAAUAUGAAGUCAUUGAAUUUAUACCCCUAGUGAUUUCAUCCUAAUAUAACUGUCUCUAUACAGCCAGGGAUCUAAUUUUGCAACCCUCACUUGCCUUGAGUCACAUCUACUAUCACUGUUUUAAUCUUCCUGCUUGUAAGGAAGAAUAACUAAAUGACAAAACUUGCCAAAAUGAGCACUGCUUGCCUUUUAAAACUUCAUUCACUAUUUAUCUUGACAGGUCAAAGGAAGGACUUACACAUUCCUAGCUUGUUCAGUCUCUUUACAGUGUUAUAAAAAUCCAGAUAAAGUCCCGAGUUAGAAUAAAAUCAAAUAUGUUCCAUUUCUAAAUCUGACUUCUUUAUAAAAGUUUCAUAAAAGAAACACACCUGCUUCUUUCUUUCAGCAAGUGCUGUGGGUAUCAAUGGUACAGGUACUCAAAUUGGGAAAUAAUGGUUUGUAUAGCCAUAGUUAAUCUUUUAACUCUGGUUUUCUGGCAGGUGUACAAAUCCCUUAUUCUCACAUUUGAAGCUAUCACUUGUUCAUAAUUAAUUAAUCUAACAGAUAAGGACACUCCUACAGGUUAAGAAGUGUGACGGAUAGAUUGCAAUUAUACUCCUUCAUCAUAUCAUAUGAUGACACUCAAAAUACCACAGGAAGAAAAGUAUUUUGGGGCCAGCAUUCAUGAAAAAUACAAGCAAAGGAAAAACAUAAUUUUGAAGUUUUCCAGCACUUUUCCCUAGCACCACCCUCACUUGAUCUCAGAAGAUGCUUUGAUUUGUGUUAUAGUAUAUUUAAAAGGCUUGUAGGACACAAUCCUCUGUGUUUCCACCCUGUAACAGUUUAUGGUACAUUUACAUUUGCAGACAAUUAAACAGUGUAAAAAUAGUUGACAUAGUGCACCUAUGUAUGGAUCCACAGGCAUGCAAACACACAAGCCUACAUGGUUUGUGUACAUGAAAAAUAACCAACUAAUAUUCAAGAUAUUGCAUGGAGCCUUGUCUGCCUAGUGUGCAUUGCAAACUGCUGGGAGGUGCAGAGCCAACACUUUUUUCACUGUCUCACCUCUUCUGAAGGCAGAGAAGAGGUAGAACAUGCCCUCAGAUAUUGGGAACCUCUUGGGUCUUCAGGUGGUUGUGGCUCAGUAAGACAAAAAUGCGCUAAUAGUCCAGAACUGCAAAAUAAUUUCUUCUUGAAUAUCCUUUGAGCUUUCAUGUCUUUCCUUUGUGUCCCAAACCACGUUCACCAGGUUUCACUUCCCUCCUGAGUGAUAGAUCUGCAGGAUCUAGAUGUCAGUCUUGAAGAGCAGCUCUUCCUGGGUAACCUCAGCUUCCCUGGCUGUCACCUGCACCCCGUGGUCCCCAAGGUGGCCCUGCUGCUGGAGCUGCCUCAUCUUCACCUUCAGCUUGGCCAGAGGAUCCCAGCAGCACAUCCACACCAUGUGCUGUGCUUGCCACUUCUGUUUCACAUAGAAAUCCAGCACACUGUGCAGGUGACUCAUGAGAACAAAAAGAAAAGCAAAAACAUCCAAAAAGCUAUAAGUGACAACAAAAAAUUGCAGCUAGAACUUCCUACCCCCUCCUUUUCUUCCUCUUUCAUUAUUUCCAGAAAGAGGCAGCCCACAGGGAGUGAUUUGUGUUGUCAUGGGACAGCCCUACCUUCGUGCUCCAGGAAGAGAACAGCAACUUGGAGAUGCCGCAAUCCAGUGGGGAACUUUUCUGAUUAUCAGAGAUGUCUGUGGUCAAAGAGAAAGGAAGAAAGGAAGAAAAAGAAAGAGAAAGAAUAAGAAGGAAAAGGAAAAGGAAA